AUGGGCCGCUUCUCGUCCUUUUUGGCGGCCGUUCUGCUGGCCGUCACUCCGGCUUUGACCAUAGCCGUUGCUGCCCCCCCCGCGGCCGCCGAGGUCACCGCACCCUUUGUCGGCCACCAGAUCACUGCUCGCACCAUAAACUGCGAGUUUCGGGUCACAGCGGACGACAACGCAACGUGCAUCGAAUUCACCAGUGAGUGGGGUUUAACGGUAGACCAGUUUAUGGUUCUCAACCCCACGGUGACAUGUCCUAUGUUGAUGCCAGACACGCCAUAUUGCGUCCUGGGCACUGUCAGCGGCCCGUCCACGUCGGGAACCGUCGGCCCGAACCGCUCUACGACCUCGGUCAGCUAUACGCUGCCGACAGGGACAGGUGGGCCGUCGAGCCUGGACAUUUCGUUUUCGACGUACCCCACGACUACGUCGAAAACUACCACGACCAAAACGUCAACGACGUCCUCGUCUACCUCGUCGAUUACCGGUAGCAAACCCGCUCCGACGCAGGCUGGGCUAGCAGCCGACUGUAACAACUUCCACCAUGUGGUUAAGGGAGACUCGUGCUCAAAGAUCGAGUCAUCGUAUGGCGUGUCGGCCGCAGACUUUUUGACGUGGAACCCGGCCUUGCAAAGCAACUGUCUGGGCCUGUUGACCGGCUACUACGUCUGUGUCGGUGUGCCGGGAGGAACUACGACGGUACAACCUAGCUCGUUGUCCAUAUCCACUACGUCCAAGGCGACCACCUCGUCUAAGACGACUUCUUCAACAUCCAAGACGUCCACCGCGUCAACUGUGCCCUCUCCUCUCCAGCCAGGCACGUUUGACAACUGCACGGCCUACCACCUCGUGGUAGCCGGUGACAGUUGCUCGGCCAUUGAGACUGCAUCUGCCAUUUCGUCGGCACAGUUCGCCGCCUGGAACUCGGGCGUUAACGCCGAUUGCACCAACAUUGAUGUCGGCUACUACUUGUGUGUUGGCGGUGGCGGCGGCGUUGUCUCGGCUAUCCCAUCCCCCCUCCAACCCGGCACCUUCGAUAACUGCACGGCCUACCACUUCGUGGUAGCCGGUGACAGCUGCUCGGCCAUUGAGACUGCUGCUGGAAUUUCGUCGUCACAGUUCGCCGCCUGGAACUCGGGCGUUAACGCCGAUUGCACCAACAUUCAAGUUGGCUACUACCUGUGCAUUGCAGGAGGCGGUGGUGCUGUGUCUUCGACGCCUUCUCCGCUUCAGCCAGGGACCAUAUCGACGUGCACCAAAUACCACCUAGUCGCCUCGGGUGACACGUGCGCCUCCAUUGAGGCGGCGGCAGGCAUCACGGCGGCGCAAUGGGCCAAUUGGAACCCGAGUGUGAACUCGGCGUGCACCAACAUUGACUUGGGGUAUUAUGUAUGCAUUGGCGCUUAA